AUCCCUUCACGGUAAGAAAACCUCGCAUCCAAAACGUUUCUUCAAUCUUUCUUUCUAACGCAUUCUUCUCUCCCAACACAAAUAAAACAAACUUUUCUUCUCUUCUUCUUCUUCUUCUUCCUCCUCUCAUUAUUCUCUGCGAUUCGAUCGCACAAUUUUUGGAACCCUAAUCUACCACAUUUCAUUUCACAGUUCCAUUUAAAUCUCACAAAUCACCCUAAUCGAUUCGAAUCGAAUCAAAUCUUCGUUCAUAACGUUGAUCAUUUCAUUUUCUCAUAGUUAGUUCUUCGCCCUAAAGAUUCGCUGUUAUCGAUGGCUAUGAUCGGUAACCAUUCCUCUGAUAACAUCCAAUCGCGUCGCGUUCCUGUCUCUUCGCCGUGGAAUCAAGUAGUUCGCGGCGAAUCGGAGUCCGUUGUUACUGUUUCUUCAUCGGUGGAGAUUUUUCCGUCUGAAACUUUACCGGUUGAUGAUUCUAGCUCGGUUUCUGAGAGUUUUGAUAACGGUGGUGACCGCAAUGACGGUACUGGACCUAAUGGUAAGAGACCUGUUUGGAAUAAGCCUUCUGCUAAUGGCGUAGCUUCGGAGGUUCGACCGGUUAUGGAUGCACAGUCUUGGCCAGCGUUGUCUGAGUCUGCUAGAGGUGCUGUGAAAUCGGAGUCAUCUAAGGGUUUGUUAGAUGGAUCUUCGGUUCCUCAAUCGCAGGGUAUGGAAAGCACACCUUCUUCCUCUUCACAAAAACAAGUCGGAGGAGAUAAUGUACAUGUAAAUGUAAACAAUGUGGCACCAACUCGCCAGAAACCAAUCAAACACAACAGUUCAAAUGUAUCUUCUAGUGGGGGCCACACUCAACAGUCUGCACCCCAAGUUUCAAUAGCUGCAACGGGAUCUCACAACUCUUCUUCCAAAGACCAUACACAGAGAAGUGGGUUUGUGUCAAAUGAUCAUUCACAUCAGCGUAAUUCAUUUAGAAAUCGUAAUGGUGGUCCACAUCAGCGUGGUGAUGGUUCUAACCAUCAUAACUAUGGGAACAGGCGUGAUCAAGACUGGAACAAUCGUCGAAAUUUCAAUGGCAGAGAUAUGCAUGUGCCGCCAAGAGUUUCUCCAAGAAUUAUAAGGCCAUCUAUGCCUCCUAAUUCUCCACAAUUUAUUCAUCCACCACCAUUGCGGCCUUAUGGUGGCCACAUGGGAUUCCAUGAACUUGCACCUCCAGUGGUAUUUGUCGCAGCUCCACCUCCACCUCCACCCCUGGAUCCACUAAGGGGUGUUCCCUUUGUGCCACCGAUGCCACACCAUGCCCUUUAUUAUGCAGGGCCAGACCCCCAGUUGCACAGUAAGAUAGUCAGCCAGAUUGAUUACUAUUUUAGUAAUGAAAAUUUAGUUAAAGAUAUAUUCUUGCGGCAGAACAUGGAUGACCAGGGCUGGGUUCCAAUAAAACUAAUUGCAGGCUUCAAAAAAGUCAAGGAUUUGACUGAAAAUAUCCAGCUUAUAAUAGAUGUAAUUCAAACUUCAUCUGCUGUUGAAGUGCAGGGAGACAGAAUAAGGAGGCAAAAUGAUUGGGAGAAAUGGAUCUUGCCUCCCCCUGUUCAGUUUACCAACGUUCAAACACAUCGAGUAUUGAAUCAUGAUGUACUGGCAGAACAAGUGCACAAUAUUGCUCUGGAGAAAACUAUCUAUGAUGGUGCAGGAGGACCAGUUGUUGUACCAAAUAAUGCAGAACAUAAACCUGCAUUUGGGGAUUUGAAUACUCCAUUACAUCUCUCCACUAGCGAAAGUACUGGUCAAGUUGGUCUUCAUGGCUCAGAUCACUCUAUUUCAAUGAGAAAUUAGAGCUGCAAAUGUGCUUCGGCACUUUGUUUUUUCGUUUUUUUGGAGAGCGCUUAAGAGUUGAGGAGGAAACUGGAGGCAGGUAUCUAAAAAUUAUCUCAGUUUUUACAUGUGGCACAAUGGGAAAUAAUAUCACGAGACAUUUAGGAUAGCAUUAUUGAGGAACGGGAAGAAAAAUCCUAUUACUAAACAGAAAACUGGACUAAAUGGUAACUUCAACCCCCUCCCCCUAAAAAAUGAAAGAAAAAAAAACAUUUUAUUUUUGGAUGCUGUGGACAGUGGACCUAGUGACAUGACUGUUGUGUUUCCGUGUAUUUAUCGGAUAUAUAUUUAUGUUCUUAGCCUUA